AUGAGCACGCCACCUAGUAGCGACCGCAUCUCCUCUUCACCUCCUAGUCCAGUGGCUCUAACUCUACGGCGUCGAGAACGAGACGAGAGACGACGCCAGGAAGAGCAGUAUUCGCAUGGUCGGCCACGUCCCUCACGGAAGCUAUGCGGCAAUGAGCAGUGUUUGCUGCGCUGCUGCAACGUCUUCAAGACGACCCGCUACUAUCUCCCCGACUACCUCCUUGGUGACAAGGACCGAAGCGUUGAUGACAUUCCGGUAAAGGAUAUUCAAACGCACUUUGCAUAUCUCGCAGCCACUCGGAUAUGGCCCUCUAUAGAGAAGCAGAGCGAUGUAAUACUCAAGGCGCAGUCGAUCGAGGCCUUUGCUGCUUCGCCACCCGUGAGAGCAGCAUAUCUUGACUUUCGAUCACUCUGCCAAAAGAAUGGCCUCAACUUCACAAUAGAAUCCCGUUUACGAGAAUCGCUCUCGGUGGCCAUGCCCCAGUUCCGCAGCCUUAUCGAGACGUUGAACCCGGGGAAAUUAGACGGCGAUUACACAGAGAUGGUGGUUCAUCGCACCCUACAGCCUCCGCAACAGUCUGACCAAACACAAACAGACAAGCCCCUGCCAUGGACACAGGAGGGCUGCACUAUGCGCUUCCUGCUGACGAUUGAGCUCUGGCGACGACACGAUGAGACACAUACUCGGCGGCGAGGCUGGGCGUGGGAGCCGUGGAUCGUCGCCGAGCUGCUCUCAGCGGUGCUUCUGCAUUACUGGCUGCUGGACAGGGAGAAGUGCUUCGAGAGGGUGUCUUGCCGAGGUAGUGAGCAGUGCGACGAGGUCUGGCAGGAGUGGCUAGACAAGUAUCCGCUGCUGGGAGACUCGAGUCAUGAAGACGAUGACGAAACGGAUGAGGAAGAGAAGAAUAGAAAGGCAGAAGUAGAGACUCCAGAUCUGGUGCCCAAGCCCAUUGGUCUGAUCAAAGGUCUGGAUCUGGACAAGGAUGUUGGAUACGUUGGUGGCGUUGGAACAGCAGCCAGAGGCCCGUUAUGGAGGGACAUGAAGCAGCAGAAGCACGGAGACGAUGGGUUGCCACAGCAUUGA